AUGAAGAGGAUCUUUGGUGCAGGAAAAAAGGAGCCGCCACCAGACUUGAGCGCUGCUGUAGCUAACAUCGAAUCUAGAGGUGAGAGUAUCGAGAAGAAGAUCGCCAAAUUAGAUGGAGAGCUGGUCAAGCUUCGAGAUCAGAUGGCAAAGAUGCGUGAGGGCCCCAGCAAGAACAUGAUCAAACAGAAGGCGUUGAGGGUGCUGAAGAUGAAACGAAUGUAUGAAAACCAAAAGGGUCAGCUCGAUCAGCAGGCAUUCAAUGUCGAUCAGAGCAAUUUCGCUAUUCAAGGCAUGAAGGAUACUCAGGUCACGGUCGCCGCCAUGAAGACAGGCCUGAAGACAAUGCAGAGAGAAUACAAAAAGCUGAACAUUGACCAUAUUGAAGAUUUGCAAGAUCAAAUGGAGGAUAUGUUGGAUAUGAACAACGAGAUCCAAGAGGCGAUGAGUCGACAAUAUGAUACGCCAGACGUGAGUGCUGCUAAUUUUGGUUUUGGUUACACAUUCAUAUCUAACAUCGAAUCUAGAGGUGAGAGUAUCGAGAAGAAGAUCGCCAAAUUAGAUGGAGAGCUGGUUAAGCUUCGAGAUCAGAUGGCAAAGAUGCGUGAGGGCCCCAGCAAGAACAUGAUCAAACAGAAGGCGUUGAGGGUGCUGAAGAUGAAACGAAUGUAUGAAAACCAAAAGGGUCAGCUUGAUCAGCAGGCAUUCAAUGUCGAUCAGAGCAAUUUCGCUAUUCAAGGCAUGAAGGAUACUCAGGUCACGGUCGCCGCCAUGAAGACAGGCCUGAAGACAAUGCAGAGAGAAUACAAAAAGCUGAACAUUGACCAUAUUGAAGAUUUGCAAGAUCAAAUGGAGGAUAUGUUGGAUAUGAACAACGAGAUCCAAGAGGCGAUGAGUCGACAAUAUGAUACGCCAGACAUUGACGAGGCUGAUCUCGAGGCUGAGUUGGCAAUGUUGGGAGAUGAGUUGGACCUUGGCGAAACGGACACGAAUUAUCUCGAUGAGGCCCUUAGUGCACCUGGAGUGCCGGCUUCGAAACCAACCAGCUCCAAAGUUGCGGAGGGCUUGGAAGUGGACGAGUUCGGUCUACCGAAGAUACCUGCAUGA